AUUGCACGAACACGUGGGGCUCGUCGGCGCUUCCCCGGCUCAGAGAACUUUGCAACGAGAGCGGCCCUUCUCGGCCAAGGCACCAAGAUGCAGAUGAAUUUCCCCUGCUGACAACCAAACGCGUAUUCUGGAAGGGUAUUUUGGAAGAGUUGCUGUGGUUUAUCAAGGGAUCCACAAAUGCUAAAGAACUCUCUUCCAAGGGAGUGAAGAUCUGGGAUGCCAACGGUUCCCGAGACUUUCUGGACAGCCUGGGAUUCUCCACCAGAGUAGAAGGGGACCUCGGCCCAGUUUAUGGCUUCCAGUGGAGGCAUUUUGGGGCAGAAUACACAGAUAUGAAUUCAGAUUAUUCAGGUAAAGGAGUAGACCAGCUGCAAAAAGUGGUUGACACCAUCAAAACCAACCCUGACGACAGAAGAAUCAUCAUGUGUGCUUGGAAUCCAAAAGAUCUCCCUCUGAUGGUGCUGCCUCCGUGCCAUGCCCUCUGCCAGUUCUACGUGGUGAACGGUGAGCUGUCCUGCCAGCUGUACCAGAGGUCAGGAGACAUGGGCCUCGGCGUGCCUUUCAACAUCGCCAGCUAUGCGCUUCUCACGUACAUGAUCGCGCACGUCACAGGCCUGAAGCCAGGUGACUUUGUACAUACUUUGGGAGAUGCACAUAUUUACCUGAAUCACAUCGAGCCACUGAAAAUUCAGCUUCAGCGAGAACCAAGACCUUUCCCGAAGCUCAAAAUUCUUCGAAAAGUUGAGACCAUUGAUGAUUUCAAAGCCGAAGAUUUUCAUAUUGAAGGUUACAAUCCUCACCCAGCAAUCAAAAUGGAAAUGGCUGUUUAGAGUGCUUUCAAAGGAGCUGUCUGAAGGAUACUGCCUGACCUAUCAGUUAUUAUUCAUUAAGUUUUAAGGAUAUUGCCCUUGGCAAAUAGAACUGUGCCAGUUCUUUUAGUAAAGAAGGCCUUGAGUUUGGUUAACUCACUGACGUGUGAAAAUGAUGAGAUUAUGAAUAAAGUGAGGAGAGUGAAAAUUUA